AUGGCCCAGCAAAACGGUACCACCAGCAAUGACUUCACCGUCAAGGCUGGUCUCGCGCAGAUGUUGAAGGGUGGCGUGAUUAUGGACGUCGUCAAUGCGGAGCAGGCUCGCAUUGCUGAGGAGGCCGGUGCUGCCGCCGUCAUGGCCCUCGAGCGUGUCCCCGCCGAUAUCCGUGUCGAAGGUGGCGUUGCCCGUAUGUCUGACCCCGGUAUGAUCAAGGAGAUCAUGGAGGCCGUUACUAUCCCCGUCAUGGCCAAGGCCCGUAUUGGUCACUUCGUCGAGUGCCAGAUCCUCGAGGCCAUUGGUGUCGACUACAUCGACGAGUCCGAAGUCCUGACCCCCGCCGACGAUGUUUACCACGUUACCAAGACCCCCUUCAAGGUUCCCUUCGUCUGCGGCUGCCGCAACCUCGGUGAGGCCCUCCGCCGCAUCUCCGAGGGUGCUGCUAUGAUCCGCACCAAGGGUGAAGCCGGUACCGGCGACGUCGUCGAGGCCGUUAAGCACAUGCGCACCGUCAACGCCCAGAUUGCCCGCGCCCGCGCUAUCUACCAGACUGCCGCUGACCCAGAGCCCGAGCUGCGCGCUUUCGCUCGUGAGCUGGAGGCUCCCUACGAGCUCCUCCGCCAGGCUGCCGAGCUCGGCCGUCUGCCCGUCGUCAACUUCGCUGCUGGCGGUGUUGCUACCCCCGCCGAUGCGGCGCUGAUGAUGCAGCUGGGCUGCGACGGCGUCUUCGUUGGCUCCGGUAUCUUCAAGUCUGGUGAUGCCAAGAAGCGCGCGAAGGCCAUUGUCCAGGCCGUUACCCACUACAAGGAUCCCAAGGUUCUUGCUGAGGUUAGCGAGGGUCUGGGUGAGGCCAUGGUUGGCAUUAACGUGCAGAAGAUGCCCGAGGCUGACAAGAUGGCCGGCCGCGGCUGGUAA